CUCUAAUUUAACCCUUUGAAACCACAAGUCCCGGCGUGCAACUCUCAACCCUGACGCCUCCAAUCGUCAACGAGCCGUAGGCUACUAACAACUAAAUCGCGUCUAAAAGCAGCAAUCCUUCUGUGCGGACGAACGGGGAAGGGAUCGGUCGAUAGCGACAGUCCUUGUCAUCUGACAGGCGUAUUGAUGAGGAUCUGUGCAGGUUCAUUGAUUUAAUAGGACUUGGAGCACGCCUGCAUCCGACUACCUCUGAAAAUACAAGGGAUCUUUGUGUGUUUUGGCGUAUUGGUGCUGUAACGUCAUCGCGUUUGCUUGGAGCUCUAUUUGCUUUUUACGCGCUCGUCUAAAAAUAUACAUAGGAUUUUCGUGCGACCAAACAACGGUCACGGGCAGGCUGAAAAAAUUGUCUAGCUGGAGAAAACGUCAAAAAUAUUGCAUCGGUUUAGCCAUUUGUUUUCUCAUACCUGGAUAAUACCAAAUAUAGUCAGCGAUAUUUAUUGGUGCUCUGUCCUUCCUUUGCGCGUCCCAUACUAGUCCGGUGAAGGUUGCCAAAGUUUAUUAUUAAAUCAUGCUGAGUUGAUGCAAACUAAAUCUAAUCGACCUAUCUGCCAAGUUUGGAUAUGUCAGAUUCAUAGUGGAUGCCUGUUGCGCUUUGUUGUCUCGCAAACUUUCUGUACCUUAAACCAAUUGUAUUUAGUUUUAAAAGGUGGCUAUUGUGUAGCGAAUGAUUCAGGUGCUGCUGCUGUAACAGUAAAUCAAUCUGUCAUCGAGUGCAAACAUAGGCCAUUGUUAGCAUUGGGACAUUUUCGUUGCUUUGUGUUUCAGUUACUUACGUAUUACUCUUAGUUUUAUUAAGGCGCAUCGCCAAAAGGCUAGUUUAGAUUAAAUAUUAGAAAGGAAAGCACCCUUUGAGGAUUCUUUCUUCUUCUCAUAUUUGCUGUAGAAGAGAAAUGGCUUCCCAGGGUUUUUUUCCCACCCAUACUGGCUCAAGUUCAGCUAAGUUUUUCAUUGUGCUACUGUGUGCAUCCGCCAUGGUGGCUGGAUGUCUUGGACAGACUAUGCCAUUUGGGCAGACUUCAACGGCGACCACGGCCUCGAUGAGCCUCCGGUCACUGAUCACGGAGACAGGGGAGAUGACGCGCCAGUACGUGGAGUCAAUUGUGGGGACCAAUGUUGUCGAAACAGCUUUGGAGAAUGCCGUUGUGUACCUUGAAUCUGUGUUUGGUCCAGAGAACAUCUAUACUGUGGCCAUGUUCUUGGGGAUGCUGCUGCAGUUCUUGGCAGAGGGAGCAGCCAGUGGGCUCAACGUCAUCGCCGUGUACGUGUCCGAGAUCUUCAGAGCCACUGGAGUGGACGCCAAACUUCCAUUUCCACAUUUUACUCCAGAGGGUGUUGCCUCAGUAGCAAAGUGGGCGCUUCUGGCUCUGAUUGGCUACUGGGUGCUGUCUGUGGUGCUCCGAUUGGCUCUGUCUGUGCUGAGGCGGGUGUUCUGGUUGCUGAAGGCUGUCGCGACGCUGUGGCUGUUCGGGCUGAUUGUCAGCGACACCAGUGCAGCCACAGACACCACUGCGAUGCGAUUGGCUGCACUGGUGCUCGGCUACGUUGUGAUUGGCUUAGCCACAGGCGGCAAGGAGGCAGCCAGCAUGGAGAGCCGUCUCAACGCGCUGGAGGGAAAACUCAAAGCCAUCGAGAAAAAGAAGAUGGAUUGAAAGAAGUGACAAAUGGUGGCCAGCGAAGGAGAUUCAACUGGUGGUGGCUAUGAGUCUGACUUUUGACAGGGGUGUGUCUAGGGACAAAGACUGCGUGUGUGUGUGUGUGUUACUUUCAUCAUGUCAUAAUAAAAGAGCCAUUGUGCUGUUCAUAAGCUGUGUUUCUCUUAAUGUUAAAGUCAUUGAGUCAGCAUGGACAUUUUCAGGAGAAGCUUGGCUGUUUGACAAUGACCUUCCACAGUCAAUGACCCCAAGGUUUUGGUUCUAAAUGCUAUUUCUAUGAACUGUCUGUAAUAUCCUAAGGUGAAUGCACUGUGUCUGCUACAGAUGAAUAAAUCUGUAAAGUGAA